AUGGUUGCUGAUGGAAUUGAUGCAUCGUUGGGUCAAUAUGACGAUGAUUCUGGUGACUGGAGGCCUGCUGUAAAUCGAAGAACUCAUAGAAGAUUCUUGAUAAGGAAAGCUAGAUGUGAAAUGAAUGCUGAGUUGUCCGAGAAAGGAGAACAAUUGGGUAGGUGGUUGUGGAUCGCCGGUGCUGGAGAAGGUGAGGCACAGCGGCGAUAUCUCGCGCUGCGGCGCUCUGAGCAUGGCGGUUGCCCUGCUGCCUGCUGGAUUGUGAGCCGAGUUGCUGGGGCGGCUGUCUCGAUGGUGGCUGGCUGGCUGUCUCGGCGGCGACAGUGA